AUGUCAGUUUCAAGCGACAAACCAACCGUCUUCUUUGAAGACUUCCAGUCCAACGAUGGCAAUGAAAAGGCGUCGUACUCUGGCCAAGUCGACCUGGCACGUUCCUCGGGCCUCUCCAUCAAUGACGCUCUGUUUUACGCAAACUUUACCUCAGAGCAAAGAAAUCGUUUACUUCGCAAAAUUGACAUCCGAUUGAUUCCCAUGCUCGCCAUCUUAUACCUUAUCGCCCACUUGGACAAGGCCAAUAUUGGCAAUGCCAAGAUUGAAGGCAUGUCUGCUGGCCUUGGUCUGGCUGGAAACCAAUUCAAUGUUGUUCUGGCCAUCUUCUUUAUUCCAUAUGUUCUUCUGGAUGUCCCAAGCAAUAUUCUUCUCAAGCGCUUUAGCCGGCCGUCAAUGUACAUGGGGUCUCUUGUUCUUGGAUGGGGUGUUUGCAUGGCUCUUCACGGGGUUUGCAGGAACUUUGGCUCGAUCCUGGCACUGCGUUUCAUGCUUGGCGUAUUUGAAGCCGGAUUCUUCCCCGGAGCCGCGUACAUCUGCACCAUAUGGUACAUGCCCGACAAGCUCGCAAGUCGCAUCUCAUGGUUCUACUGUAUGAGUGCCUUUUCUGGGGCCUUCUCCGGUCUGCUCGCGGCCGCUAUUGCAGAGUUAGACGGCCUAGGCGGCUACGAAGGUUGGCGAUGGAUUUUCAUCAUCGAAGGAUCCAUGACAGUCUUGAUGAGUCUCACUUGCUUUUUCUUCCUUUUGGAUACUCCGGCUCAUGCUUGGAAGUGGCUUACAGCCGACGAGGUCCGCUUCAUGGAACUUCAACUCCGCAUGAAGCAAGCUAACGGCUCUUGCGGAACAAUUAUCGACACAAGAUCGACUUGGCAAGUUCUUAAACCCCUCCUCCUCAACUGGAAACUCUACAUGCAGGCGUCUGCCGGGCUGGCCAUCUCAGCUUCCUCGUAUGGCCUCAAAUUCAGCUUGCCUUCCAUCAUCAAGAACAUGGGUUUCCAGCACACUGCAGCGCAACUUAUGACGGCUCCUGUCUUUAUCUGUGGUGUGAUUGCAGGCCUCAUUGCAGCGUUUUUGUCUGAUAGAUACAAGUGGCGCAUGCCUUUCGUCGUCGCAUCAUUGACAGUUAUCACAGUCGGCUACUCCAUCAUUAUGUCUCUGAAAGGAAACUUUGAUGGAAACCGAAUGGGAACUGGAUACUUUGCCCUGAUGCUAUGCGCGAUGGGAACAUACUCCACUUACCCUCUAAGCAGCACAUGGGUAGCCAACAACCUGGCGACCGACAAGCAAAGAGCAUACGGUGUCGCGUUCACGACUUCAAUAGGCGCAUUGGGAGGCAUUGUUGGCAGCUUCAUGUUCCUAGAGCCUGAAAAGCCCAAGUAUUAUACCGGCUACUCACUAGCCAUCGGACUGCAUGUUUCCGCCAUCGCCAUCAUUCUGGCCUUAGAGUAUGUCUAUGUGCGCGAGAAUGCAAAACGCAGCCUAAUUUCGGAGGAGGAGAUCCGGGCCAAGUACACCAACGAGGAGCUCCUCAUCAUGGACGAUAAGAAUCCUUUGUUUCGAUACACGCUGUAA